UGAUGCUUGCAACCACAGCUGCCAGUAGUUUACCGUUUUUGCAGGAUAUAUAUCAUGUUUAACAGACUUCUAGUUGCUUUUGGACCGCAGAAACGAUUGGUGAUUCACAGAUUUGAAGCUGAUUAUCUGUGAUUCACGAGAAUUUGAUUUCUCUGGAAUAAUUCCUGUCAGUAAGAGGUGGAAGACUUGUCCUGUAUUUCCAGCUGUCAAAUGUCAUGAUUGUGUCACAAAGAAGAAGGAGUGGCGACGAGUUUAAAUAAGAGCCACACUUUCCCUGAGUACAUCAACACACACACACACACCGGACGCUCCGUCAGAGACACAGCCUACCUGUAGAAAUGUCUAGCUCAGAUCCCAACACUACUAGAGGUCCCAGCACACGUGGAGAUGUGCCGACGACCACACCAACAUCCAGAUCCGGAUCUGCAUCAUCCACACCAACAUCUGGAUCUGGAUCUGCAUCAUCCACACCAACACCAACAUCUGCGUCUGCGUCUGUCUCUCCCAGACCUGCCGCUUUAGACACGCUGCUGAUGGUGCGCUCCGUGGACCUCCUGAAGUCCAGAGACGGGCCGAACCGUCGCGAGCAUCACACGGACUCUUACGUCAGCGACCACCUGAUCGUCCGCAGAGGACAGACCUUCCAGAUGUGGAUCGAGCUCUCCAGACCCUUCACCCGCGGAUCCGACAAACUGCAGCUGCAGCUGAGCUCCGCCGCCACGACCGGUGUCCGCAUCUCCGUCCCGCUGGUGGACGUGCUGGAGGACAGCCGCUGGGAGAUGAAGAUCGUGGAGCAGAAGGACCAGCGGGUCCGCGUGUCGGUGCACACGCUGGCGAGCGCCUCCAUCGGCCGCUACCGGAUCACGGUGGAGACUUUCUCUCCGAGGGGGAAGCUGCUGUUCCCCUGCGCCCCCAACGACCUGUUCCUGCUCUUCAACCCCUGGUGUGAAGAUGAUCCCGUGUAUCUGGAUAACGAGGCGGAGAGGAAAGAGUACGUCCUCAACAGCAUGGGCAGAAUCUAUUACGGGACCGAGAAGCAGAUCGGAGCCAGAACAUGGAAUUAUGCCCAGUUUGAGCAGGACGUCCUGGAAGCGAGUCUGUUCCUGCUGGAGAGGGGUCGGGUCGCGAUGACCGAAUGGAGAGACCCGGUGAUCGUGUCCCGCAUGAUUUCUGCUCUGGUGAACGCUAAUGACGACCGAGGAGUGCUGAUGGGUAAUUGGUCGAACAGCUAUGAAGGCGGGACGUCUCCCACCACCUGGAGCGGGAGCGGAGACAUCCUCAAACAGUAUUACAAGAGUGCAGGAAAGCCCGUGAAGUUCGCCCAGUGCUGGGUUUACGCCGGGGUCACGACCUCUGUGUUGAGAUGUCUCGGUAUUCCGACUCGGUGUGUGACCAACUUCAGCUCCGCCCACGACACGGAUCUCUCCUUGACCACUGACAUUUACAUCGAUGACAAUCUGGAAUUAAUUAAAGACAAGACCAACGAUUCUGUCUGGAACUUCCACGUGUGGAACGAGUCGUGGAUGUCCCGCCCGGACCUGCCGGUGGGUUACGGUGGAUGGCAGGUGGUGGACGCGACCCCUCAGGAGCCCAGCCAGGGUUCGUACCGCUGCGGCCCCACGCCCGUCUCCGCCGUCCGCAACGGACAAGUCGACCUGAAAUUCGACACGCCCUUCGUCUUUGCCGAGGUGAACAGUGACAGGAUCUACUGGCAGAAGAAACCCGAUGGAAGUUUCAGUCAGGUCAGCGUGGAGAAGAACACCAUCGGCCAGCGCAUCAGUACCAAAGCUGUGGGAUCGGAGGAGCGUGUGGACAUCACACACCUCUACAAACACCCAGAGGGUUCGGAGGAGGAACGCAUUGCUGUGGAAAGAGCCAGUCGCUUCGGCUCCAAGCCGACUCUGUACCCGUCAGCCACCGAAAAUGACGUGAGCAUUGAGAUCGUCAUGGACGGGGAAGGACCUCGUAUCGGUGGAGACGCCAAACUCUCCGUCGUCCUGAAGAACAAGAGCUCAAAGCAGCGCACGGCCAGUCUGCAGUUUGAGGUGCUGGUCAUGUACUACACUGGAGUGCUGAAAGCCACCGUGAAGAAGGGCAAGAUUCCUGUCGACCUCAAACCACUAGAGACCAAGACUAUUCCCUGGACUCUGCUGUAUAAGGAGUACAUGAGUCAUCUGGUGGAUCAGGGCGCUCUGAUGCUCACGGUCACCGGACGGGUCAAUCAGACCAAACAGAUUCUGGCCACACAGUUCAACUUCCGACUGCGCACUCCAGACCUCAUCAUCACUCCUCUAGGGGACGCUGUGGUGGGUAAAGAGUUGACUGUCAAGAUCACGUUCCAGAACCCGCUGUCACAAGUGUUGAGGAACGUUAUAUUCCAAAUAGAGGGAUUGGGAAUGCAGAGCGUCAGAAAGAUCCCGAAUGGUGAUGUGGAGAAGCUUGCGACGGUUACCCUGAUGGAGAAGUUUGUUCCCGCCGUCUCCGGCUCUCAGAAGCUCCUGGCGUCGAUGGACUGCCGUCAGCUCACUCAGGUGCACGGAUUCGUGGAUAUUGUGGUCAAAGCGAAGUGAAAAACACCUUCUAAUGCGCUCGCUUCUCUUGAAGAAUAUGUACUAGAUUUAAGGGUCAUCUACAUUGUAAAAUAAUUCAGUAUUUUCAUUCUUAAUUAAUUUAAUUCAACAAUAAAGAUCCUCCAUGUUUAAAUUA